CGUAAACAGGCAAAAUCAUAACAUGUUGAUUAAGUAAAAAGUGUAAUUUUCUUAUACCUAAGGGUUUUAUCUAAGUUAAUUAGGACCUAAAAUUAUUGUCACCAAUAGUGCAAGUUUAAAAUGCUUACAAACUCGUUUCGAACUGCUUGGGCACUGCCCAUUCAAUCUAUAUUGUCGAAAGUCCGGCAACGACCAUCGAUGCCGGUACGAUGUUUGCAUGGCAAAGGAGUGGAUUCUGGUCGAAAUUUCCGAAUUAAAACAACCGUGUACUAUGUGGCAGCGGCCGGUGUCUUAACAGUUGGGUUAAGUUACGCCGCCGUUCCACUCUACCGAAUGUUCUGCCAAGCUUACAGCUACGGCGGAACCACUAGUCAGGGACACGAUGCCGACAAGGUGGAAAGUAUGAAGAAGAUUAAGGAUCGAGUGCUGAAGAUUAAAUUCAACGCAGAUAUUGGAGCAUCGAUGCGGUGGAACUUCAAGCCACAGCAAACAGAAAUAAAAGUUGUUCCUGGUGAGACUGCACUGGCAUUCUAUUCUGCGAAGAACCCUACGGACCACCCCGUUAUCGGUAUUAGCACAUACAAUGUGAUCCCGUUUGAAGCAGGGGCAUAUUUCAACAAAAUCCAAUGCUUUUGUUUUGAAGAACAGCAGCUCAAUCCGCACGAAGAAGUCGAUUUACCCGUAUUCUUCUACAUUGAUCCCGAAUUUAUUGAGGAUCCCAAGAUGGAACUGGUAGAUUCCAUAACGUUAUCGUAUACCUUCUUCGAAUCGAAGGAUGGAAUGAACAUACAGAUGCCCGUGUAUGCGCAAAAACAUGGAUAAUGGACGAACGGAACUCUGU